AUGCCAUCCCAAGGAUCUCCAGGCGCCCCGCCAAAGUACCUAGCGUUGGCCUGGAAGAUCGCUGUCGGAAAGAAACAAGCCCCCCUCGUCAUCAGCGUCGCCCACAGCCCCGCAAUCGAGUCAGUGCUCCUCAUCGGACUUCGGGGCAUUAUAAAGCCCUUCAUCGAAGAGCUCAUGAAGACCAUCCGAGAACACCUCCGCAUGCGAGGCCAAAAGAACGCCCCAUACGAAGCACCAAUCUUAGGGAGAGCUGGGUGA